AUGUUUUCCAGGAAACUCACACACGCUGAUCGCCACGAGGAGCAACGGAGACCGCAGCCGCAACACGGAGCAGGACCAUCACAGGUGGGUGCCACACACUCGGGUGUUAACUUGGUGAGGGUCGGUGGGCCCCGACACGGGCGUGGUCGGGGGGAGCAGACAGACCCACAGCUGCACAGCACGGGGCAGGUAGCGGACCCAGAAACCCACACGUCUGCACACACAACUCUGGCCACGGGGAGCUCCUCAUUCCCCACCUCUCCCCACAGGCGCUGCCCCCAGAGGACGCUGACUGCUCCCAUAGAUGGCUGCUGGCCUGGGGAUAACAUCACAUUUCCUCAAAAUAACAAUAAACCAAAACAGGACCUCCAGCCCCGCAGCAGCAGUGAAAUUUCCACCUGCUCUGUGGCAGACCUGGGCUCGGAGGUGGAGGCGGAUGGCCAAUAUAACAUCUUGGUGCCCGCGCCCCCGGUCCAUCAGAACCGGGAGGGCGCUCUCGCUGGCUCGUCUCUUAUACAGCGAUCGGGAGCGCGCGCCGAGCCGGGCGAUCCUCCCGUUAGGGGCGCGGGCCCCGCUGCAGCCUCUGACCCGGUCUGCCACCGUCCCCCUGACAGCAACAAGCUGCGGGGUUGGCACCCGGGCCAGCAGCUUGACGGGCACCUCCCCCCAUCACCUUUUUUUGCCCUCCCCAAACUUCCCUCUCCCAUAGGCCCAAACUCCACCUGGGCGGCCCCGCAGCUGUGGGCCAACCGGCAUUUUAACGUUACACCCGAGCCACCACCCACCUGCCGGAGCGUACUCUCCCUCCUCCGUCUCCGUCGGCUCCUCUUUUUUGCUGAGUCAUGUUUUCCAGGAAACUCACACACGCUGAUCGCCACGAGGAGCAACGGAGACCGCAGCCGCAACACGGAGCAGGACCAUCACAGGCGCUGCCCCCAGAGGACGCUGACUGCUCCCGCAGAUGGCUGCUGGCCUGGGGAUAACAUCACAUUUCCUCAAAAUAACAAUAAACCAAAACAGGACCUCCAGCCCCGCAGCAGCAGUGAAAUUUCCACCUGCUCUGUGGCAGACCUGGGCUCGGAGGUGGAGGCGGAUGGCCAAUAUAACAUCUUGGUGCCCGCGCCCCCGGUCCAUCAGAACCGGGAGGGCGCUCUUGCUGGCUCGGUGGCGGCUCCAUACAUAGCUAGAGAGUCUGUGAAAAACCAGGGAAUUAAAAUGAUGAGAAAACAAGGUCACAAAGUCAACAUGACAGACCCACAUUCUAACUCUGAUUUCCCCUCACAGUCUCUUAUACAGCGAUCGGGAGCGCGCGCCGAGCCGGGCGAUCCUCCCGUUAGGGGCGCGGGCCCCGCUGCAGCCUCUGACCCGGUCUGCCACCGUCCCCCUGACAGCAACAAGCUGCGGGGCUGGCACCCGGGCCAGCAGCUUGACGGGCACCUCCCCCCAUCAGUUCCGGGAAAUCUGAGAAAAUUCUGCAACUCAGAUUCAUGGUCAAAAAAAGCUCACUCGGCCUUCCCAAAUGCACCCAUAACAGACAUAUCACUAUCGGUAUAGGAGCACACACAUAAUAAAAACAAAGUUAAUUCACAACACAUUAUACACACACUUUAUUAAGGUUAAAUAUACAUCGACACAUACUUACCUCGGCACCAUAAACCAUAACACUAAGUAAAAACCUUACACAUUUUCUAACAACACUGGGAAGGCCGAAUUCGAUGGUAUACUACUACCACAAUAAUUAACCACAAUCCCACCAACAAAAUUCAAAAUAACAACAACUUACCUCACUUGAAUCCCUAAGAUAGGAGGAGAGCGGAGGGAACUCGUCUUGUAUUCUACAAACCUCCGGAUCAGCACACCAGACCUGAAAAUAAAGAACAUAUUAUGGAACAUCAUAUUUAAUUAAAACUUUAUCAAACCUCAAUACAA